AUGGGCAAACCCACCCCACCUCCUACUGCGUCAGGAGAUGCUGUGUCUCUUCACACUCAACCAGGUGAUCGAUACUAUGACAAUGACGCCCCUGAGCUCCCUCACCUGGAUCAAGCCGAUGAUCUUCCUCCUCUGUACGAUGAGGCUGCUGAGGCUAGCAAUAGUGCCAGUGCGCCUCUAUUGCCCACUGAAGGCCGUGCUCGACACUCUCUGCCAAACCUCGCUCCGGGCCCUGUGUCCAUCCCAGCAUUUCGCACCGACGAGACCAUCGCAUACUACCUCAGCAGCAGACUUGACACUGACGCCGACUACCUCGAGGAGAAUGUCCGUCGCUGGGCCGCCAUCCCGCCGCGUCCUCAUGUUCGCAUCCGCGGGACCCACCGUGAGAAGCGCCGCGGUCACAACGGCAAGGAUGAGAACAAAGAUAUCACAGACUUCGACGUCUCUGUCGAGCUGACGCCGUAUCUGCUUCCCAACGGCCGGGUGGAGCGGGGUAUCCGCACGCUGAUGACUGCCGAGGACAGUGAGAAGGUCCGACGUGGGGGCGUCUGCCGAAGGCGAGCAUCGCGGAGGCCCGAAGGGGGCAGUGUGGAGCUCGGGCUGAGGGGGAAGCCGACCCUGACGGAGUGGUGCCAUAUGUAUUGUGCCAACCACUCCGGACUGAAGACAUUCCAACUCAAGAGGCGCUUCGCUGGGUUUGACCAGGAUCGCGUCAAGCAGCACCUCGAGAACAUGGUGCGGCGAACCAACUACAAGGGCAAUAUCUACAUAACAUUUCCGCUGCGGGACGAAAAAGUCGAGGUGUGGAGUCAAUGUCGGACGAAUCGGUGGCGUUUGACACACAGCGUCUACGUUGUGUUCUGUCUCAGUUUCCUUUGGAUUUUGACUUGGCCGUACCUGUUCCUCCGAACCAAGAAAUUUGAGACGGUUAGCUCGGUGUGGUGGUACUCAAGGUCUGAUGAGGAGGGCAGGAAGCGAUAUGCCACGCUCAGCGAAGACCAGUGGUACAACUUAUGGGGCAGAGCUAUCGCCAAGGCGGUUCUGGCCAAGAGACAGGGCACACUGGAUCAACAGGAUUUGCUGGCCGCUGAUGGUGCGCCUCCGGCCUUCAACAUGGAUAACCCGGCGGCCGAGAGCGCGUUUGAUCUGGUGAGCGCGGGCGUCAAUGCCAUGAACGAGGUCAAUCGUCAGCUGGGCUGGGGAGGUCAUGAGUGCUGA